CCUACCUUCACCUUCACACCUGCAGCUGCUCUUGCAUCUUUGCUUCAAAUCUCGUAAUUCUGACUGACAACACACAGAAAAUUUGGGCCGUUGGGGCGACGUUGGUCAUUCCUCCUCCUUCUCUCCUCUUCCACUCCAACAUCACAAAAACAACAAUUGAACCAACAUCCACAACAAAUUAAUUCCCCAUCACCAUCAUCAUCAGAUAUCACCAAUAACAGACCCAGCAAAACAUCAUUCAACAAUGCACCUCCUCUCCACCGCCCUCUCCUUCGCCCUUCUCCGCCUCGCGACAGCAGUAGCAGUACCUGAUGCGAUGCCCGCUGCCGUCCUACUCCAGCGACAAGACACCUCCUACUCCUCCUCCUCCUCCUCCAACACCACCACAGAAACGACAACCACAACAUCAUCCGCAGACACAAUGAUGACUACGCCCGAACCAGAAGUCUACACUGGAGUUUUCAACGCCGGAGGUAUCGGAGCCGGAAUCUACAGUUUGACUUCUGUAUCAGGCAUCGUCGCAAUCGCAGGCCACUCACUUUCCGCCGGAGGCGGCGACGCAGUCGUUGGCGGAGUGCGAGUCUCCGUCGCCAGUGGCGGUGAAGUUGUGGCUGGGGGGAGUACAAUCAGAUUGGUGGAAAUGACUGAGGUGCCUACGACUACUACUGCUGCUGCUGCGGCUGCUACGACGACGACAUCCACGAGGGCUAGCACUACAUCGAAUGGAGGAAGUUCGACUGCGACUGGUACUGCGGCCUCGCCGACGAGUUCGGGGGCGGCUCCUGCUGCUGCUGGGUUGGGAAAGAAUGUGGUGGGUUUCGCUGUGCUGGGAGGGUUGGGGGCGUUUUUGCUUUGAGCGUAGGGAGCAUUUUAUGCGGAACUACGGCUUUUUCUUGCGCAGCAUUGGGCUUGAGAGGGAUAUGCUUGUUUACUGCCAUCUUGAGCGUUUUUGUGGCGAAUGAGCGCUUCUGAUUCCCCUGCUGCGUAACGACGGUCAUGAAGAGAUGAGUGCAUUGCAUGAACAGCAGAUGAGAGUCAGUUAUAGAGUCA